AUGAGAACUUUACCAAAUAUCAUUAUUACUGGCACACCGGGUGUCGGCAAGACAAAUCAUUGUGAAAUAUUAUCUAGGGAAACGGGACUGAAGCAUAUCUCUAUAAACGAUAUUGUCAAAGAAAGAGAUUGUCAUGAGGGAUAUGACGAGAAUUUUCAGAGUUGGAUUGUGGAUGAGGACAAGCUACUAGACUCUAUAGAAGACGAGGUGAAACAGGGUGGAUGCAUAAUUGACUGGCAUGCGUGCGAAUUGUUUCCAAAAAGUUGGAUCGACCUCGUUAUUGUUCUUCGAGUGGACUCCACGCUGCUGUAUGAUCGAUUAAAAUCAAGGCAAGAUGGGAUAUACCUCAACAAUAUUAGGUUGCAAGAGAAUCUGGAUGUGGAGAUUAUGGAAGUCCUGCUUCAGGAAGCCAGAGAUGCAUAUGAUGAAGAAAUAAUUAUUGAGCUUUCAAGCAAUGAACUUGAUGACAUGGACUGCAACAUUGAACGCAUUAAGACUUGGUUUGCUCAGUGGAAGAUGGACAAUACUAAAAAUGAUAAAGUAAUGAACUAA